AUGACAGAAACAGUCAAAAUCGCAGAAUACCUGUUCACUCGGCUACGUCAGCUAGGUGUUGGCUCGAUCCACGGAGUGCCCGGCGACUACAACUUAACUCUACUAGACUACGUCGAGCCAAGCGGGAUACACUGGGUCGGCAAUUGCAAUGAACUCAACGCUGGGUACGCUGCUGACGGAUAUGCCAAAGUCAAUGGUAUCGGAGCAUUGAUCACGACUUUUGGCGUCGGAGAGCUGUCUGCUAUCAAUGCCAUUGCUGGCGCCUACACAGAACGUGCACCACUAGUGCAUAUUGUCGGUACACCAGUGAGAGAUUCGCAGGACAAUCGACGCCUCAUACAUCAUACGUUCAAUGAUGGGGAGUAUGGGAGAUUCGCUCUAAUGGCUGCUCAAGUCACCGUACCGGUAGAUCUCGUCAGUGUUGCGGUAUCUUCGGAACGGCUGAAGACGCCUCUGAAGGUGCCCCACGGAGUCCACGUACCCUCACACGAUGAUGCCUUUGCUCAGAUCUUCGACAAAAUACACAGCGCUAAGCAACCGGCGAUCCUUGUCGACGGCGAAAUUCGUGCCUUGAACAUCAUUCAAGAAGUCUCGAAACUCGUCGAAUCUACCAAGUGGCCCACUUGGACAACAACUUACGCCAAAAGUCUCGUCGACGAGUCUCUGCCCAAUGUACACGGUAUUUACCAAGGUGCCUUCUCGCCCCAGAAAGCUCAAGACUUCUGGAACAGCUGCGAUCUCAUCCUUUGCUUCGGCCCGCACUACAGCAACACCAACACCUACGCUUACACCUCGAUCCCCAAAGCCGCCAUCACCAUCUCAUUCAGCGAUACCGACAUCAAGCUCGGCGCCGAUACCGUUUUCCGGGACUUGCCUGCCAAACACGCCCUCAAGCACCUGCUGAAGCUUGACUACAACAAGAUUCACAACUAUGAUCCAUACCCAUCGAUUCCCAGCCCCGAGCUCGUCACAAGCUCAAACGUCGACAACGCUGCAGCCCUCACGCAAUCAACACUCUGGCCUCUACUCGCUAAGUUCCUACAACCUGGUGACAUCAUCUUUGGCGAGACUGGCACAGCCGGCUACGGCUGUCGAGUUAUGCCCAUUCCGAAACAUGCUCGUCUCUUCACGCCUGUCACAUGGCUGUCCAUCGGCUACAUGCUUCCAGCAGCACAGGGUGCUGCACUGGCGCAACGCGAACUCCUUGCGAAGUCCAAGUGGGGUGCUCCAGAUCAGACCACAGCUCGGACGAUCCUUCUCAUCGGCGAUGGAUCGUUCCAGAUGACGGCACAAGAGCUCUCCACCAUCAUCCGCGAAAACUUGAAUGUGGUGGUGUUCCUCAUCAACAAUGACGGCUACACUAUCGAGCGGUGCAUUCAUGGGCUCAAGCAGGGAUACAACGACAUUGCGUUCUGGAGAUAUCUGCAAGUGCCUGCGGCGUUCGGUGCGAAGGAAGGAACGUAUGCGAAAAGUGCAAAGACGCCUGGGGAGCUGGAGGCCAUCCUGGGCGAUGAAGAGCUUGUGUCGGGCAAGGGACUGCGCAUGGUAGAAAUUGUGCUGGAUCGGGAAGACGCGCCGGCUGGAAUACUUACGAAGAUGAUCGAUACGCAAAAGGAGAUCGAGGCGAAGAAAGGAAAAGAAGGUGUGAAUGGGACUGCGAAAUGA